AUGCCAUCCAAAGAUAUGUUUGAUCUUUACAGUGUGCCUGAUGCUCCCGCAAGUAAGAAGAAAGCGAGUAGGCAGCAUCGCGAGGAAUGUAGCGAAGAGCCUCCGGCAAAGAAAUCCUGCACUGAGGACCCUCCAGCAAAGAAAUCCUGCACUGAGGAUCCUUCGAAAAAUACAAUACCACCUCCAUCUCCCCUCGAGCAGCAAACUCCGCCUACACCGGUCGAGUCCACCCUUUCCCCACCGGCUUCUGUCGAUCAAACACAGCCGGCAGCCCCUGUUCAAACAGGGGAUGACAUAUCCAGCCGCGUUCUAAGAUCAGUCAAGGAAAGGAUGACAAGGAUCCUGAGGACAGAGUCGAAGGAUGCAAUGCUGACCGUGACUGCCAGCCGGCUCCGCUCGGGGGUCAUCACUGAUAAAUCCAAGUCAUCCGACCAACGACAUGCUGAGGAGCUUAAGGCCGUUGAAGCAAAAUAUGCCGAGCAGCUUGAGGUGGCUCAGAAGCUCGAGGCGGACCUGAUCGAGAGCAGGCAAGAGGCUGAUAAGUUGGAGGCUCGCAUCAAGGAUCUCGAAAAAGCCAAUGCCAACAAUCUGGAGAGGUACAAGGGCGCCACGUCCAAGUGUUUCUAUGAUUUCUGGAAACACAAUCAAGGGGCCAAUUUCAGCUAUCUCCCCGAGCGCAUGAGGCAAACUGAAAUAGCCCAGUGCGUUGCUCGCUUGGCGGAAGAAGAAAAAGUGAAGAUCCCAGCCUCGCCCGAAAUCUCUUUGGCCACUGGCAUUGAAGGUGUGGAUAAUGAAGCUGAAGCUGCAGUCGACCAGGAAAAUCCACAAGACCCUCUUGCCUCAUGA